AAGCGCUGACCGGUUUUACUCUUCGCCAACUAGUACACUAGUUGCGUCGAAAGGAUCAGUUUGACUUUUGCGAGAGCGAACAUCACGCUAAUUUACAAAGAACCAAGUCACAUUAAUAAAUUCCGACAUUACGCAGUGUGAUCAUGCGGCUCCAAUUAAGAUAUUUAUGUCUCUUGUUCGCCGUAAUUUUUAUAAAACAAAACGACUGCGCCGUGAGGCAAAAUUCUUCACGGGCGAACGUUUCUUCAAGAGUUACUCCUCAAGUUGAAGAUGACGAAGAUUUUGUGCCUUAUCAGGGCGAACGUUUCACCGUAUUCGAUUGGAUGUUGUUCAAGAAUCUCGGCAAAGCGAAUGCAGGGAAUGUAUUACUGUCACCGAUAUCCAUAAAAUUAGCAUUGGUGCUUCUUUACGAAGGAGCUCAAGACCAAACUGCGCGAGAGCUUGCUGGAGCUAUGCAACUUCCGGUUAGCGUGCUGGCCACUCGAGAGAAGUUUAAUAAUAUUUUGAAAUCUCUGCAGACUCCAUCUUCCACAUAUACUUUAAAUAUCGGAUCACGCAUUUACGUUGAUAAAAAUGUAUCGACCAGACAACGUUACGCGGCAACAUUGAAAACUUUUUACAAUACCGAUGUGAUCAAUGCCAAUUUGUCUGAUGCGCAUUCAAUCGCGACUGCGGUUAAUUCUUGGGUCAAUAAUAUCACAAAUGGACACAUCGAGAAGAUGAUAGACGACGAGAAGGGUUUGGAGGACUCUGUAAUGUUGAUCGUGAAUGCGUUAUUCUUCAAAAGUGUUUGGCGCCGCAAGUACUUUGCGCCCGAAAAUACUAGGGUUUCCAAAUUUAACAUCAACGUUAACGAUAGCGUAAACGUGCCGUACAUGCAUGGCGUGGGUCGAUUUUAUUUCGCCGAAUCUGCAAGACUCGAUGCAAAAAUACUCCGGCUUCCAUACGAUGGUUCAAAAUUCGCUAUGUAUAUUAUUCUACCUCACACGCUGUCCGGUAUUGAUCAUAUUAUUAACGAGAUCAAUCCGUUUACAUUGGCGAGAGACAUAUGGGCCAUGCAAGAGUUGCCUCUCGAUGUUUGGAUCCCGAAAUUCAAGUUUGAGUUCACAAGUCACUUGGAAAAUACUUUGCGCGAGCUUGGUAUCCGUGAUAUCUUCGACGACACUGCGCAGUUGACGGGAAUAGCAAAAACAAAACGAGCUUCUAGACACUUGCAGGUAUCCGAUGUCGUGCAUAAAACUGGAAUAGAAGUAAAUGAGAACGGCACAACUGCUUACGCUGCUACAGAGAUACAGAUUGGAAAUAAGAUAGAAGAGGGUUCGUUCCACGCCAAUCACCCAUUUGUGUUUUACAUCGAGGAUGAGACCAGCGGCACUAUCCUUUACGUAGGCAAGGUGAAAAAUCCCCUAAGUGCAUCCGAGACUACGGGGAAAGUGCAGCACGAAUUCCCAUCGCGAUUUACCGACGAAAACGCAGCGAUGAAUUCUGUUCCUGCUGCGAUAAGUGCCGAAGACCGAUACUCCUUUUUCAACAUCGAUCUCUUGCAGAGAGUGAACGAGGACAUCGAGGGUAAUUUAGUACUGUCUCCAUCCAGUGCAAAAGUCGCCCUUACGAGUUUGGUGGAAGGUACUGGUGGUCGGACGCGUCAAGAACUUCUCGCAGCUCUGAGAUUGCCACCGGAGGAAUACGUCAUUAGAAAAUUAGCGAGACGCACUUUCCUGCCCUUGAAAAGCUACCAAAAUGGCACGGAAAUCGACGUAGCCACUCGCUUAUGGAUCAAUCCCAUUCUCAUGGCAUCCCCUAAUUACAUAACGACCUUGAAUAAUUAUUACGGAGCCGAUAUCGAACGGCUAAAUUUUGCAAACGCAAACAAUGCGGCAAAUGUAAUCAACGGCUGGGUUCGCGAACAUACACGAGAUAAUAUCAAAUCGAUCAUUCAGCCAGGCACUCUUAGCGCCGACACCCAAAUACUGUUAACAUCGGCCUUAUACUUCAAAGGACGAUGGUUGAAAUCCUUCGAUAGGCAUGCCACGCGUCCGCGGUGUUUCCGUGUUCCCGCACGUGGUUGCCAAAACAUUCUCAUGAUGGAAAAUAGUUCCAAGUAUCGGUACGGCUAUAUAGCUUCCCUCGACGCUGACGUAGUGGAAAUUCCGUACUCGAACGGCAUGACGUCGAUGUUGAUAUUUCUUCCGGCUCAUGAAGAGAGCGAUCCGUACCUCCAGAUCUUAUCCAAAGAUCUGUCGUAUGUUCCAAUGAAAACGCUGCUAAGUAGUCUCAAUGAAACUGAAGUGCUCCUUUCUAUUCCGCGAUUCAGCAUUGAGAGCAAACUAGAUUUACGUUCACCCUUGAUGCGCAUGGGUGUAUCGGACAUUUUCGGCCCGGCAGCAAAUUUCACGGGAAUCGUACAUAAUAAUUAUUUACGUAUAGGAAAUAUAAUUCAAAAUGCUAAAAUAGAAGUCGAUGAGGAGGGAACUAUUGCUGCUGCUGUAACAGAACUCGCAGUUGUGCCUCUUAUGGCUAACAUGGCGUCAACUUUUAUAGCAAACAGACCAUUUAUGUUUACUAUUGUCGAUCUGGUAACGAGCGAGACCAUGUUUGCUGGUCGUUUCAUGGGUCCUGCUACAGACAACAGAAGUGUUUAGAAAUAAGUUUAAUACUCAGGUUAUUGUUUUUAUAUUAAAAAAAUGCUCGUAGUAUGAAAGAUUAUCAUUUAUGUAUAUAAUACUGCUUUAUGUGCUACAUAUUAUGCAUAUAUUAUUGCAUAUUAUAUAUAUAAUACUGCUUCUUGUGUCACAAGUAAUGAUUCAGUUAUAAUUAGAUUGAUGAAAGGAGAUAAAAAGCCAAAGCUGGAUGUUAGUGGCUUGUUUAAUUUAAAUCUUCUUGGUCCAAAUUUGAGUACAGCGUAUUUAUAAUAUAUA